AUGGCUGAUGUCGGGGGCUUUUCAUCGGAUCGUAUUGCUUUAUCAAGACUCUCUUCACGGGAUUCUCUGUCCAACGGAGAAGUUGACAACAACAGUCGUCUAUCAACCUGCUCUCUUUCCGAAGACGAUGUCGCCCUCCUGGCAUCAACAGAUGCAACGGAAAACCCAGCAGAGGAUGAGAUAUCCCCCGGACUUGCUCGAAGGCUCUAUGUUUCCCACUUUCUGUCCACAUGGAACUUCCGUGGAUUCGAGUUCGGCGCUGUUUUGUUCCUCGCCAACAUCUUCCCAGACACUCUGUUGCCCUUGUCUGUCUACGGUCUGGUCCGGGCGCUCGCCGCUAUCGUUUUUGCUCCCCUUGUCGGUCGCUACAUUGAUACAGGCUCACGUCUGAAGGUUGUUCGCAAUUCGAUUGUCUAUCAGCGUGGAGCCGUUGUGCUUUCAUGCGCCAUCUUUUAUCUCAUGCUCUGGCAAAGGCCACACCUGAAGCCAUGGAAUCUUUAUGCACUCCUCGCUGUGGUUAGUGUCUUGGCCUGUGUUGAAAAGCUCACUGCAAUCAUGAAUACCGUGUCUGUUGAGAGAGAUUGGGUGGUGGUCAUUGCGGGUGACAACGAGGCAACGCUUCGAACGCUCAACUCUCAGAUGCGUCGCAUCGACCUUUUCUGCAAACUCUGCAGCCCGCUCCUCAUCGCGGCGUUGGAAAGCUACAACACAAAGGUCGCCAUUGCCGUUAUGGGCGGUAUUAACGGCAUUUCGACCAUCGCAGAAUAUGUCUUCAUUGCAAGGGUAUAUGCGGCGUUCCCAAGUCUUGUGCGCAGCAAUCCAUCUGCCACCGGGAACGAUGAGAGCGACCAUGACCUGGGACAAGAAUUCGAGUCCGCCCCACAUGAUCCUGUCAGGCUGUCAUUGUGGCGAUCUUUAAAGAUCUACACGUCUCAGGGAGCCUUCUUGCCUUCACUCUCAUUGUCCAUCUUGUACUUCACCGUGUUGGCCUUCUCUGGGCAAAUGGUGACAUAUCUACUGGCCAGUGGUUAUACCUCGACAAUGAUUGCGGUGAUGCGGUUGAUAUCGACUGGGUGUGAGAUGUCGGCCACUUGGAUGGCACCGUCCGUCAUGGCUUGGAUUGGGCCCAUCAGAUCCGGGCUUUGGUUCCUCAAUCUCCAGAUGGCUUGUCUAGCAGUUGCCCUGAGCUUCUUCUGGAUGGCAGGGUCUCCAAUAUGGGCUGCCUCGGGACUUAUUGCAGGCACGAUCCUCAGCCGCGUUGGCCUUUGGGGAUUCGAACUCUCGGCACAAGUAAUCAUCCAAGAACAGGUCGAGCCGGGAUAUCGGGGCUCUUUCUCGACGACCGAGUCCUCCUUCCAGAACAUCUUUGGGCUCUGCGCAUAUAUCUCGACCAUUAUAUUUCCUCGGCCGGCCAGCUUCAAAUGGCCUGCCACUAUGUCCGUUGUGGCCGUUUACACUGCUGGAGCCCUGUACGCCAGCUUUGUCAGGCGCAGACGCGGUCAUCUGGUGCACGUUUCGAAAUGCUUGGAAGGCAGAAAACAUUCGACGCUGGAAUCGCAGAGGGUCUAUCAACGAUGCAGGUCAGAUAUUGGGUAG